CCGAGAGGCCCCGUGGCGGGAAGCAGGAAGGGCGUGCCGGAUGCCGCCGUUCAAAACCGAAACCCUGCCGGCACGUGGGACGGGGAUUUGGGGCAGCGCCAGGUCCUUCUGCAGGGUCCCCCCGUCCCGCUGCCCCGGUGAUGCGGUGAGUCCCUCACGGCACGGCCGGGAUGCGGUGCCAAGAGACGGGGUUGUCCCCGGGGCUGGGGGACUCCGCAGCUCCCAGGCUGGUAACAAACCCCCCAGGGUGCUUUUUUGGGUGUUUUUGGGGGGACAUCCUCAUGGUGCUGGACCCUGCAGCCCUGUUGACCUUGCCACGUUGGGGUGACUGUCCCCAUUCCUUCUAGCGCAGGGAGAACUGGGCUGUAUGGGACAAACUCGCUGCCCAGCCCCAAAACCUCAUCAUGAUUUCCAACCAUUGGUACUUCCAGGUGACAUCCCGCAAUGGCAGGGGAAGAGGGUGCGUUAGCCGUCCUCUUACGAGCUCUGCAGGGUCUCACUGUUAAAGACUUCCAGGAGUUUAAGACGAAGUUAUCGGCGGUUCCCAUGGAAAGAGGAUGGAAUAUCCCCAAGGAUUCCCUGGCCAAGGCCGCCCACCCCUGCGCGCUCGUCAGCUCCAUGAGCAGCAUCUACAGCCAAGACACUGCGAUGGACAUCGCGAUCGGGUUGUUCCAAGAGAUGAACCAGAGAGACCUCGCAGAGAAACUCCUGGCUGAGCAGGAGAAAGGGUACAAGCAGGAAUACAGAGAGCACGUGGUCCAGGAGUUCUGCUGCUACAAAGAGGUGAACGCCCGUCUCGGGGAGAACCUGUCUAUCAGCAGACGCUACACCGACCUGACCAUCGCCAGGAAGCCCUGGAGCAAACACAGAGGUGAACACGAAGGUGUGGACACCAGCCAUGGAUGUGCUGAUGCUGGCAAUGGAGCAGCCACUGUCACCGUCACUGCACAAACGCUGCUUAAACCUGGCGAAGAUGGGCAAACACCGCAGGUUGUGGUGCUGGUGGGGGCCCCGGGGAUGGGGAAGACGAUGACAGUCAGGAAGGUGAUGGUGGGGUGGGUGGAAGGGGCCCUCUACACGCAGUUUGACUACAUCUUCUGCAUAGACUGCAAGAACAUUGCCCUCACCAGGGAAGCGAGCGUGGUGGACCUCAUUUCCACGUGCUGCCCUCACAGGCGAACACCAGCUGGGAAGAUCCUGGCUGACCAGAAGAAGAUCUUGUUCAUUUUUGAUGGCUUUGAGGCCUUGGGAUUUUCUUUGGUUCAGCCCAAAGAUGAGCUGAGCUCUAACCCAUGGGAAGUGAAGCCGCUGGAAACCACCCUGAUGAGCUUGUUGAAGAAAAGUGUUCUCCCCGAGUCCUCCUUGCUCAUCACCACGAGGCCAACGGCUCUCCAAAGCCUGGGGCGGUGCCUGGAGAGAGAGUAUUACGCAGAAAUACUGGGAUUUUCAGCAGCCAUGAGGGAGGAAUAUUUCCACAGGCAUUUGGAGAAUGCCAAUAAAGCCGACGUGGCCUUCAGGUUUACCAGAGGCAACAAGAUGCUCUACAGCCUGUGCAUCAUCCCUGUCAUGAACUGGAUCGUCUGCACCAUCCUCGAACAAGAGCUUUCCAAGAAGAAAAACCUUGUUGAGUGCUCUAAACCCAUCACGCAGAUGAGUGUGUUCUACCUCUCCUGGUUACUGAAGUUCAGAGGUGGGGACAACCCACGGGACCUCCAGCGAUUCCUCCCCAGGCUUUGCUCCUUGGCUGCGGAUGGCAUCUGGAAGCACAAGGUUCUCUUUGAGGAGGCAGACAUCAAGGACCACAGCUUGGACCAGCCAGACCUUCUCCCCCUCUUCCUCAAUGAGAAGAUCUCACAGAAAGACCAUGGAAACAUAUACAGCUUCACCCACCUGCACCUCCAAGAGUUUUUUGCAGCAAUGUUUUAUGUUCUGGAGGACAAUGAGGAAAUGGUCAGUGACUUGGGGGCUCUCACAAAGGACAUAAAUAUGUUAUUAGAAACCUAUAGUGAGUCCAGGAAGGAUUUGAACUUAACAGUGCGAUUCCUGUUUGGGCUGGUAAGCCAAAAAUCAAUAGAGCAUGUGGACAAAAUCACCGGGUGCAGAAUAUCACGACGAGCCAGGGAAGAUCUGCUGAGGUGGCUUCAGAAGAGGCACAGGGGCAUCGCCCAUCCCGGCCAAGCACCGAAGGUGUCAGAUUUGGAUGCUUUACACUUUGUGUUUGAGAUGAACGAUGAAAGCUGCGCACAAAGCGCCUUGGCUGGUGUCACCGACGUGGACCUGCAGGACAUCCAGUUGACCCAAUAUGACCAAAUGGCUCUUUCCUUCUGCAUCAGGCAGUGGGGUGGGCUGGGCCGUGUCGCCCUCCGGGGAUGCUCCUUCCAGCCUCAGGAUCCCAGCGAAGAGCCGACCGUGGCAGAGUCCUGCUCCAGCACCCCAGGAGCCGGAGAAUGUCCCCAUCGGCAGGAAGAGCUGCCCCCCCCCACCUACCUGCUCUGCCGGGCGCUGCGACACCCAGGCAGCCACCUGCAGGUUCUCCGGCUGUACUGGUGCCGGUUGUCCCGGAGCUGCUGCGCGGAGCUGGCGGAGCUGCUGGCCCGUCACCCCAGCCUGGCCCAGCUGGAGCUGGGUGACAGCACACUGGGUGACACCGGCGUGCGCCUGCUCUGCCGGGGGCUGCAGCAGCCUAGCUGCCGCCUGCGCAUCCUGCGGCUGCGGUACUCCUGCCUCACCAGCGCCUGCUGCCAGGACCUGGCCACCGCGCUGGCCACCAGCCCCUGCCUGGAGGAGCUGGAUUUGUCCUUCAGCGAGGGGCUGCGUGACGCCGGCGUGGAGCUGCUGUGCAAGGGGCUCCGGCACCACGCCUGCCGGCUGCAGACGCUGCGGCUGGGGAGCUGCCGGCUGGCGGGCACCUGCUGCCGAGCGCUGGCUGCUGGGCUGGCCGGGACCUCCCAGCUCACCUGCCUGGACCUGAGCGACAACGAACUGGGAGCUGCUGGUGUCCUGCAGCUCUGCCAGCAGCUCCGGCAUCCCGCCUGCCCGCUGCGAACCCUGGGCCUGAGCACGUGCGGGUUAAACGAGGAAGCACUGCAGGAGCUGGCAGCUCUGCAGGCACUGAAGCCUGAGCUGAAGAUCGGGGACCUGCUCGAGCAGGACAUGCCGCAGGCUGGGGCCAUGGCCCGGCUGCCCUGUCACCGCGGGGUCCUGGCGGGGGGCAGAAAGGUGCCCCCCACCUUUCAGAGAGGUCCCUGCAGCAACCAGAGCCAUUUCUAGCACCUGCUCGGUGCUCCUGAAUUCAAGGGAAGCCUCCACUGGGUUGAGAAUCCCCAUGUGCUCUUCCCCGUCCCCACCAUGUGUGGGUCCAGCUCCCGCCCUACAUCCGCAAAGGAUGGCUGAUGUAGCAGGAUGCGAGGCACGAGCCGUGGAAGUGAAUCAAUAACCAAUUUUGGGUUUUAAUAGAGAAAAAAAAAAUAACUUUACAGUGAAACAAUAAAAAAAAAAAAUCGC